AUGGAUCAAGUUGUGUUGCUAUCAUGCAACCGUAAAGAAUCACAACAACAUGAGGUCAGUUUAUCCCCUCAUUUCCUGUUUACAGUUGUAGCUGUUGUUGUGUCCAUCCUCAUCCUCCACAGUCCCCCUGCAAGGAAACAGAAGCUGUCCAAGGUGAUAAUGCGGGAUCACAAGUCUGGUGCUAAUGUGGAGGAGCUGCUGAGGCAGUCUCAGAUGGAGUUACAGUGGAUCCAGAGACAGCUGGCUAUGAUCGCUGCCAGGAACAUACACCAUCACCACCUGCACAUCAAGGGCAAGUCAAGAUAUGAGGUUUCAUCUCAGCAAGCUACAGGCCACUCAGUUUACAAUUUGAACCACUUUCGACUGCUAGAAGAGAGAAACCGAGCUCUGAAGCUUGAAGUAGCCACGCUCCGCCAAGAGAAACAGCAGUAUAGGAAACUGAAAGCAAAGCUCCAUGCUGCCUUGCAGGAGAAAAACCGCCUGAACCUUGAAUUGAUCAAUGGCCACCUAAAGGCAACCAAGUAUGACAAGGUGCGAUCAGACUAUGACCAGCUGAAACAGACCUUUGCUGUGGUGAGCCAGGAGAGAGACGUGGCCCAGCAGCAGAGGAGACAACUUCAAGGCAAAGUGGAGAGCCUGGAAAAGGUUCUAAAGCAUAUGCACACGACUGUCGAGCUGAAGCAGCAGCUACAGAUAGAGCAUGAGCAAACCUUGGAGGCCCUUCACACCAAGCAGAGGGAGAUCAAUCAACUGCAAAAGGCUCGGGUUCAAGAUGACCAAGAGCAUGAGGAAGCAGUACACCUGUUAGAGGUCAAGGUUUGUGACCUGGAGCAGAAAUGCAGGUCACAGAGUGAACAUUUCCACCAGCUGUCCAAAGAGCUUCUGAAUUUUCGUUUGCAAUCAGAUACUGUGGACAUCCUUCAAAAUAAUCCCACCUCCAAAUCCCAGAUCCCCCUCUCAUCACAGUGGAAAUUCCCACAAGACAUUGUUGGAUUUGAAACCCAUCUGGAGACAGGCGAUGAGAGCGCGGCAAACACGCCGCUACUGAUCUCCCAGUUCUUGCCUUGCCCACCGCAGACUGGAGACAGAGAAAGAAAACAACUGCUGUCUGUCAAAUCCAGCAUCGUGACAAGGGACCGCCCCAGCAGCCCUCGACAGCUGACCUCAUCAGAGAUGGAGGAUGAGGCCACCCCAUCACCCAGGUCCAAGCCUCGCUACACAGGCCAGGUCCGCCUUUGCACUGCCCGUUAUAGCUACAACCCUUACGAUGGCCCAAACGAGCACCCAGAAGCAGAACUCCCCCUUGUGUCGGGAAAGUAUCUCUAUGUGUAUGGCAACAUGGAUGACGAUGGCUUCUAUGAAGGGGAACUGCUGGAUGGCCAGCGGGGACUUGUCCCUUCCAACUUUGUGGAAUUUGUCCAGGACAAAGAAAAACCAGCAAUCCUGGCUGGGGAGGGAGGGGAGGACCAUCCACCCCUAGCCUUGACGGCAAUGGAUGGAGGUGCCUCCCAGGAUGGUCUCCUGGGCUCAGCUAACGCCUUGGUUCCCUGUAGCAAUGGGACAGGGGGGCCCCUGGACCCCGAGGACCUGGCUGAAGACGUUGUGCCUUAUCCCCGAAAGAUCACUUUGAUCAAGCAGCUGGCACGGAGCGUCAUUGUUGCCUGGGAGCCUCCACUAGUGCCUUUGUGCUGGGGGAACAUCUCUGGCUACAAUGUGUUAGUAGAUGGGGAGCUUCGUGCCAGCAUAGCCUAUGGUGGCCGGACCAAGUCUUUGCUGGAGAAGCUGGACCUGGACGGCUGCGUCCAUCGCGUGUCAGUGCAGAGUGUCACCGACCGGGGUUUGUCAGACGAGCUGCGCUGUACUCUGCUGGUGGGAGCCAACGUAGUGGUGGCACCAUGCGGUCUGCGUGUGGAUGACAUCCAGCGUGACACUGCCGAGCUGUCCUGGUUGCCUAGCAACAGUAACUAUAGCCACACUGUGUUCUUGGAUGGGGUAGAGCACGCUGUGGUAAAGCCAGGAAGGUAUAGACUACGCUUCUUCAACCUGAAACCCCUGACGGUGUACAAAGUGACAGUGUUAGCACAGCCGCACCAGGUACCAUGGCAACUGCCACUGGAGCAGAGAGAGAGGAAAGAAGCCGGUGUGGAGUUCUGCACUCAAGCUGCAGGUCCACCACCAUAUUGCAGAACAGGCCCUCCCGUGCCUCCACAUGAUGUACAGGUGCUUUGUGGGCAGGCUCCAGGGGUCCUACAGGUCCACUGGAAGCCCCCUAACCUCUCUCCCACAGGCACAUCUAAUGGGGCAAAUGUCAUUGGCUACGCAGUCUGUACUAAAGGACAGAGGAUAGCUGAGGUGUUGUUCCCAAUGGCAGAUUAUGUUUCUGUAGAGCUGACAAGGAUUCAGUGCCUGGAGGCCAGGGAGGUCAUCGUCAGGACGCUGUCAGUACAGGGAGAAUCCCAGGACUCCCAAGUCGCCGUCAUUCCAAACAACCUGCUCGUGCCUCUACCUCCGCUUCCCCUGCCACCGCCAAUGCACCCCCACACAGUCCCCCCUCCACACCCCCAUGCUCAACCCCUCCUCCAAUCCCCUCACCUUCCUCAUGGCACACCCCAACUUCCUGCUCCUCCCCAGGUACAUGGACAACCACUCCCACCCCAUCCUCCACAUCCUCAACCCCAUCCUCCACAUCCUCAACCCCAUCCCAGGCUUCCCCACCCGGGUGGGCCUCCGCAGCCCCAGCUUCAACCCCCACAUCCUCAUCCCCAGCGCCUACAUCUUCAGCCUCACCCACCCCACCAAGGUCCCAGGCCCCAGCACCAACUGCCUCUGCUGCCCCACCCCCAACCCCACCCUAUACCUCAGAGACCAGUAAGUGCCAGAGACCUGGAUGCCAAAGAGCAGGCGGCCCACCACGGGGGAGCUAUUCCACCUGGCCAGCCUGGCUGGGACCCCACACGCUCUCCCUCCUCCCAGCCCACUGUGCCCAUGCAAGGCCACACCCUUGAGGCUCCACCCCCUGCCAAUCCACGCUCCCCCUCCCCUCAGAGGAUUCUUCCGCAGCCUCGAGGCACGCUUAUCCCAGACACUGUGGCCAAAGCCAUCGCCCGAGAAGCAGCACAGAGAGUUGCAGCAGAGAGUGGCAAGGUCUAUAACCACUAUCAUCCUCCUCUCUCUGUUACUAACUUUCAGGGGGACAGGAGGCAGCCUAGUUACGGCGAGCACGGUCAGUCAUUUCACCAGCAUCACUCUGACGAUGAAGAGGAAGAUGAGGAGGGGUUUGCACGCGGCCGUCGGAGAGGACCCUCAGUUGAUGAGUUCCUCAGAGGCUCUGAGUUGGGGAGGCCGCCUCACUAUAGUCACAAUGAAGAUUAUCACAGCGAAAGCAGCCGGGGCUCUGACCUGUCUGACAUCAUGGAAGAGGAUGAGGAGGAGCUGUACUCUGAGAUGCAGCUGGAAGAGGGACGCCGACGCAACUCACACAACACACCCAAGACAAACACACCUGCCGGAGGCCGUCAUGACCGAGAGACUGGGAGAAGGAUUCAUCAUGGCGGCCCUCAGCCUCAGAGGCGACCUCUAAUGGUCCCUUCCAUUGAGGUAACCUCUGAGAAUAACAGUGAGGGAAAUCUCUCCCCCAUCACCGAGGAUGUUUAUGGCAGAGUAGCUCGGCACAAGACGUGGUCAUCCCGCAGGCACACCAGGUCUCCCCAUGAUGGCUACAGGGAUCGGGAUCGGGAUCGGGAUCGUCGCUCCCCCACCUACUAUGAUGAGUCAGAGCCUGAGGAGUCCUUCCGAAUCUUUGUGGCUCUCUUUGACUAUGAUCCUCUGUCCAUGUCCCCCAACCCAGAUGCCGCUGAUGAGGAGCUGCCAUUCAAAGAGGGGCAGAUCAUUAGGGUGUACGGUGACAAAGACACCGAUGGAUUUUACAGAGGAGAAGUGAGGGGUAGGAUGGGGCUGAUCCCUUGUAACAUGGUGUCAGAGAUACGAGCGGAGGACGAGGAGACCAUGGACCAGCUCAUCAAGCAGGGCUUCCUGCCACUCAGCACCCCUGUGGACAGAAUAGAGCAGAACAGAAGAGGACUCCGUCGAGAUCAGGCCUCCAGGAGGAUGGUGGCUUUAUACGACUACGACCCCCGAGAGAGCUCCCCUAAUGUUGAUGUCGAGGCUGAGCUGACCUUCUGUGCCGGUGACAUCAUGGCUGUAUUUGGAGAUAUUGAUGAAGAUGGUUUCUAUUAUGGUGAGAUCAACGGCCACCGUGGUCUGGUUCCCUCUAACUUCCUGGAAGAAGUGCCUGAUGACGUGGAGGUGUAUCUAACUGAUACUCCGUCCCACUACCCCCAGGAAGAACCUGCCAACCGCCCCCCCCCCAACUCCGCAGCCUCCAUCCCAGAGGGCAAACGGGUCACCACAGAAACCACCGGCACUGUCAACAAUGACGCCACGCCCGUCCGAGCACCGUCCCCGAUUGUCCGGCCCCUCCUCCCAGGCACCAUGAGGCCCCUCAGCCCUUCGAGGGGCCCCCACAUCCCGCUGGACCCCCGGGACCCUCAAGAUCUAGCAAACAAGAAGAAGAAAGGACUGCUCUCCAAAGGGAAAAAACUGCUGAAGAGACUCUCCCCUGUGAAAUAA